AUGUCCUUCAACCAUUCGGCCAUUCUCCGCGGCAUACACAGGACCUUAGUCGAGAAGUCUUGUCCGCAACAACCAGAUAUCAGUCCUUCGGUUCUCGAAAGCUUCGGCGAGAGGAUCGUCGAACGUGUUCAGCAGGACGUCACCACGAUCGUGUCGACGGAGGGUUUUGAUCCCGGGAUAGACUGGAAUCAGCGCGUUCUCAGGCCGAUGAUCGCGACAUUCGAGAUCGAAGAGGAUCUCGGAGUGUGUCAGGGGGAUGCGGAGUACGUGUUCCUGCUGGUUGCUGUGCUGUCAUUAGCGUACGAAUUCUUGCUCUUAGCAGACAAGAGCAAGGCAAGCAGAACGCAUGCAUUCCUUGAACAAGUGUUCGACGAGUGCUUCGUAGAGCCAGAGAUCUGCCGGACAAUUGGACUUAUACUCGACGCUGAACGGGAGCGACUGGCUCGAAUGAAGGCCGAGAUCAAGACAACGAAGGCGAUCCAGGAUAUGCGAAUGCUCCUGCCCGAAAUCAACAUGUGUAUAAUGGCGUGGGAUAUGCUGUUCACGAUUCUCAUCACCAGAAUUCUGGUCUGCCUUGUAACCUUCGCCAACGGCGCUCCCGUCAACGUCGAUCCUCGGAAACCACCACCAACGCAGGGCCCCGGCGGAUAUGUCUCAGCGCCUGCAUAUGUAUCGGACAGCUGUGGCCUUGUCACCCCCACCGCCGAGACCUGGAGGCAGAACCUACCGAACAUCAAGGUAUUUGCCGCCGCGUACUGGAGCGGCUAUCUGAACGACCCAGGCUACAACUCAUUCCCGCACUAUCUUCGCGACAAGCUUGCGCCCAAUGUAGCGCCAAGUGCCUCCUAUUGCGACACCGUUGGAGGAUGCAGCUUCUCUUGUCAAGCUCUCAAGCCCUCGCUAUCGCAACACGAUAGGCAGAUGGCUUACUUCCUCUUCGAACAGAUCGCCGGUGUAGACCACCUGUUAAAGAGCCUUCGCGAAGGCUUACAGGAAGGCGCAUUGUAUGCGGAUGGACAAGUGCCUUCACUUGUGGCGAGAUACAGCGCUGCAUCACGUAUCUCGACGCAAAUCCAACAGGAGAAGAACGACCACAGGAGGAUGGAGAAGCUCGGCAUGACCGCCGUCUCCGCUCUACUGAUGAUGGCUGGCGGGGCACUAGCUAUCCCAGGUUUCAUUGGACUCGACAAGACUGCCGCGCCUUCGAUGGUUAACAUGGCCGCGUCUACCUACAUCUCCGUCGUCGGCACAAUCAACACCGCUCGAGCUGACCCUGAGAAGCUUCCUGACAAUAUCGAGGAUGUUAUACGCUCAUCCCUAAACGACUUUCGCCAUCACAGUAUGAUCAGCAUUGCACAUGAGUCGAAGCAGCUCAUGGAAGGGGACAAGAACAACCAUGGCCAAGACCUGCUCGGUCUCAUGCAGGGUCAAGACUUCUUCAGAAGAGAUGGCAAUAUCCAAGAGGAUAUCAUGAGGAUGUCCGAGAAGGUCUUCAAGCAUGCUGUGAUCAACGCAUUGUGGCAAUGGGAACGGCCCUAUAUCGUUGAUGCUGACGUCCCUACAGGUGCCUGUGAGGUAGACAUUCGUGGACCGACCGAGAACCGAGUGUGCCUGCCGGAACGUCCGGAUCACUCAUACUGGAUAUACGCCUUGGAUAUCUCGCAGGAGAACGACCCUGUUAAGAACCACAAAGCGUUGAUCCAUGGCCCCACAGGAUAUCGAAACUUCUUCGAAGGACACAACUUCGACGUCUACGGAGCUACCUUGAAGGAUGUCGUCCGCUCAUCCCUUGCGGUUCACGAGCACAAUCUGUAUGACGCCCUACAAACUGCUGACUUCCAGACGGUCCAGUCGGCUCUAGGGCAAGCGAUGAAUUGGGGCAACGGCCAAUUCAACCUCAUGGGCGCCUACACCUUAGCGAUCGCCCGCAACCCCCGCGGCGAAGCCAUUUCCAGCGUCUGGUCCACUCACGGUCGGAACUACCCUUGCAUGGUCGGCGAGUUCGGAUGGAACGACAACACAUACAAUCUUUACCAAGACCAGACCUUCAACUUCCUGGUUCGAAGCGGUCUCAUGUUUUCAGAAGAUUGGGAGAACCUUUGCCACAACGAAGGCCAUUGCAAAGGCGAUAAUGAUGUCGAUUGGCAUUCCAAACUCGACGCGAUGCGCAAACCGGGUGAUCCGCCGAUUCCCGAUAGCCUGAAGCAUCCGUUCAAGAAGUGUAAGCAGAAGACUAAGCAUGGUUACGGUGAACCUUCUUCCGACUUCAAUCCGACUCGUGAGAGGGGUCUGAGUGUUGGGUUCGCGAAUGCGACGAUGUCAUGGGCCUAG